CAAAGAUUCAUUGCGUGUUAAGAAGAGGACAACGAUUGUUAUUUUCUUGGAGGAUUUUUAAUCACAGGAAACACUCUUCGAUCAAGCUGAAAGUUGAUAUAGUGCCGUUUGGAUGAAAUUGAAGAUGCUUUGCACUUGUGGAGCCCAGUCUUCAGAUACGAGCCCAAUAAUUGAUGUGGAAAAAGUCCUUCAGGAUUACGCGUGGAGGGAGUUCCGGCAUCUCACUCCAUGGUUGUCUGGCGUGUUAAUACGGCGCAGUGAUUACAUCAUAGAUGUCCAAUGGAACUUCUUCGAAUUCGACCACGUCACCUCAAGAUUUGAACCCAGGCCAAGUACUAAAGAUGGAUUUACGGAAAAGAAGACAGUUGAGUUGUACGCGACUAAUUUUAAGAAUGAUACCGGUGUGGAACAGUCUUACAAAUUCAAAAUACAGCGUCAAACCAAAGCUACAACGUCAGUGACCUACCAGCGCGGUUUUACCAUUAGGGGUAACGCCAAUUUUAAAAUCAGCAUCCCUGCAGUGUUUGGAAACUGUGGCGUGAGUGCGGGAGUAGACGGACAGUUGAGUAUCACGAAGAGCACAGGUGAGACGUUUGAGGAAGUGUUCACCUGGGAGACUGAUAAUGACGUAACUGUGGAGAGCAAUCACAUGACGUGUGCGAGGAUGCUUCUGACGGAAGAUGAAUUGCUAGCUGACUUCGAAGUGAAGACGUCAGUGAGAAUGCCCAGCGGUCAGGCGCCGAUUGUCGUUCGCAGACGUCGAGAUAACGAGAUUCAGGCGGUGUGCCUUAUAGACAAUCUGGCCGAGGUGUUCGCUACUUACGAGGAAGAUCACACAGUGGACGUCCUCAGAGUCAAGGUCCCGCCUAACGAGAUUAGACAUGUCGUCAAGCUGACGACAACAGGUGUCAUCAGGAGCAUGCGCUGGAGAGACCAAAAAAUUUGCCUUCAGUCUCGUCCUCUACCUCAGCCCGCCGCAAAGGCCGAGGUAACAAAGCCCAUCUUAGAUUUACCAACAGACGACUUAGUAGACCUCAACGCCAAAGAAAUUUAUGCACACGUCAUUCGUCACGUCACAGGCGUCACGAGUAAUGACGUUGUUCAGGGCGAUAACGCCAGCGACAUUGCUAAAACCCUUCCUCCCCCAAUCGCAGCUACGCCUUCCACCUCAACUGAGUCGAAGAAAGAAACUCGACUGAUGAAAUUUCCUACCAUUCCAACCAUCGUCACCGAAGUGCUUUCCGAAAAUGGCGGCUCGUCGGCUCCGCAAACCAACGGCACAACGCCGGAUUUAAUCGCAGAGCCCAAAACGGACGGUGAUCCCAUGGUCAAACGACGAGCCGCAGAAGACAAACCUCGAUUGGAACGCGGUGUGCCAUGCGUGGACGGGAGUAGUCCCCCACGUGAACUGUCGCCAAAAACUACACUUACCACCCUCCAAGCAAGAAGAGCGAAAUUAGCCAAAGUGACAAGUGUAUAAUAUAGUUGUUGUUGUCGUCAAGAAAUGAGUUUAUCGAUUUAGCCAAAUUGGAAAAGGAAAAAAAAAAAGCGCGAAUUUGUCUUGGACAGCUGUUUGAGACCGUCGUCUGUGGAAAAAAUGCGUUGUACAAUUCGACGCAUUGUACCUUGAAGUCAUCUUCAGGCGUUUUGCUUAUAUUGCUUGCUUACUUAUAUUGAGGUAAUUAGCCUUAUCUGCCUCAAGUGUCAUGUCAGUAAGGAAAGAUUGUGAGGAAAUGUAGUUCAUUUGGGUAAAUAUUUAUCGUCAGGAGGGUACACAGGAGUAAACAGUUACCGUCAGGAGGGUACAGGGAGUAAAUACUUACCGUCAGGUGGGUACAGAGGUGUAAAUAGUUACCGCCAGGAGGAUACAGGGGAGUGAAUAGUUACCGUCAGGUGGGUACAGGGGAGUAAAUAGUUAUCGUCAGGUGGGUACAGGGGAGUA